AUUUCCUAACGCGUAGUUUAAAUAACAAUUGAUUGCUACAGAAGUUGACAGCGCGAAAGACAAUAUUAACUUAACAUUAUAAUUCGGAAGCAACUACAAAAAGGCGAAUACUUUGUAAUCUAAGUAUUAAACCAAAUUUGCACAUAAAUUUAACAAUUAUUUGUUGAUAGUAUUUGAAUAUAAAAAGAGACCCACAUCGAAAAAAAAAAUAAAAACGCGCGCAUGCAGCAUUUUUGGUUAAAAUAAACAUUAAUAAAAUAACUAAUUGAAUGAGAAGCACAGUAAACGAUGCGGGAAAUUGUAUAAAAACAUUUGUUAUUGCCCAUGUUGUACAGAUUUGUGUGUGUUGUGAACGAUUUAAUGCAAGAAUUGUGUAUUUUUAACCAAGACUCCGCCGCUGAUACAUUAAUACAUAGCUCACGCGCACAGGACACCACAGUCCUAACAUAAAAUUCUCGUUUUCACACCAUCUCAUCAUUGAGUUACAUAGCGCCCAAAAGGAAAAAAAGCUAAAGUUUCGAUUCCUUGGCAAACAGGAUAUAUAUGGAAUUUUAAAUGACAGUUAGUUUUGUAAAUAAACGUGCACAGUAAAGGCGCCGACUAUUUUAAAAACAAUGAGCGGCGUUACCCAAGAAUUUUGUGUACGGUGGAACAGCCAUUUGGGAAGCAUUGGAGCUGCGUUUCCGCAGCUUUUGGCAGGCCAGAGAUUUGUGGAUGUAACGCUGGCCUGCGAGGGCCAUCAGUUGCACUGUCAUCGCUUGGUAUUGGCGGCGUGUUCCACAUACUUUGAGUCCAUAUUGGCGGAGCAUCCGUGCAAGCAUCCCGUCAUCAUAUUGCCCCGGGAGAUUAAACUAUGGGAGAUCCAGGCUCUUGUGGACUUUAUGUAUAAGGGAGAGGUCAAUGUCACUCAAGCCGGUCUUGGUCAGUUACUUCGUUGUGCCGAACAACUACAAAUUCGAGGCCUCUACGGUUCCGAGGCGACAAUAAAUUACAAGAAACUUCAUCAGGCUAGUCUGGAAGCUGUAAAGGAUCCAGUCGCAUCCACCCCGAAAAGCAUUAAGCAUAUGGAUAGUACGGAGAUAGAUGACACAGCCACUAAUUCAACCACCUCAACGAUAACCACCUCCUCCGCUCCACCGUUACCAGUUAACCAGCAACAACCUACAGUAUUGAAGCGCCAGAAUCAGGAUGUUCGUCAACAACGACCUCAGUUAAAUGGCAGUAAUGCUCAACAGCUAUCUAAGGCCACCACAGCGAUCGUAUUGGGCAGCCACUCCAAUGCCCCAACCGAAGACGACUCCGGCGAUGAGAUGCCCAACAAUUGGAAUGCCUACGGGGAGCAAUUUGAGGAUUGCGGCGUUUCUGGGCCCUCCGUUGACAACAAAAUGAAUGUCCAACUAGCUCUUCAGCAGACAAGGAUUCAAAUGCAACUUCAGCAGCAGCACUAUUUGGAUUCAAAUGUUGAAGACGACCACAACUAUGUAGCCGCUCAUGAUGAAAACAAUGACAGUAGUUUCGCUGCAGGAGUAGCCUGCGGACCUGGUCUGUCUGUUAGCAUUGACACUGAUCUCGACACAUCGGCAAAUACUUCCGGAGCACUAAGCAAUACCUCGAUCGAUGGCUAUACUUCAUAUAAGCGUGUUCGACGUUCAGAAGCAUCUCUAGCACAAGCGGCCAAAUGUGUUUCGAAGGGCGAGACAUUCCAAACUGUUAGCAAUAUGUUUAAUAUUCCUGUCUCAACCAUUCGUUUCUAUAUGGCGCGAAAAGGAAUUCUUCCGAAACGAAAACGUGGUCGUGGUGCUUCCCAUGCCGGAAACAUAAUAAUCACAACGAACUCAGGAAAACUUUCAACCGUCCCUGCGAGCAUAACUCAUCCCCAAUCUCAGCAAAUGUCCAUUGACAGCCUACAUCUAAAGGCGGGCAUCACAAAUACCAGCGGCAGCAAUAGUCCGGCAACUGCAACGGCUACGUCUAUGUCACCAGCAUUUGAUAUGGCCUCAACAGCUGAUAUCGUGCCUUUUCACCUUCAUAGUGAUUCGGCGGCGGCAUUCAAACUCAACGAUCAAAAGUUACACAUGAUCUAACCACGCAGUUUGCAGAGCUGUACUGUACUAGUAGGGCAUAUAUUAAUAGAGCGGGAUUUCCAAGCAGUUUCUGCUUUUUUUUUUAAUUUUGGGGUUAGCUUCGGCUCGUGUGGGAUCUUUAGUCAUAAAAUAGUCAACAAAAUAAAAUUUAUACUUAGAUUUAUUUGAUUACGCUUUCAUGUUAACAGUUUUUUCCUUGGUUUAUUAUACUCACUGUUCAAACAUUAUUCAUCAGAAUAUUUCAAAAAUUAUAUAAAUUACAGUAGGUGUAUUUUAUUGAGGAUUGUGACUAAUAUUGCGUAAAAUUUUCAAAUAUGUUUCUUGUCGCCCCAGUACUCUAAGAAAUUACUGUAUUGUUAAUAAGAUAUUAAUAAAAUCAACCUGGAAACUUUUA